GUCAGCUGUUUGCAUGUAAAACUACAACUUGUCUUGGUGUACCGUAACCGAAUGUCUAUCACAAGUUCAUUCCCUGACCAUAUCCCCAGCACCAUCGGUUAUCUCUUCUCACCAAAAGUCACCAAUACCGACGGAACGACACGUGACAACUUCUACUUCCAAACUAUCUUUCUAGACGAAGUUGUCUCGAUAGAGGAAGUUCGGGCCAAAGAUUACCAGCUCGGUGGUCGACCUCCUUCGUAUCCGCCGAAACCAGAAUUUUGUGGGGUUUCCUUAGCCCCCGAGCAACGUAGUCUGUUUGACAUCGAAGAAGAACACUCCCCACCUUCACAUCCGAACGAAAUAAAAGAGUCCCCCUCCCCACCCCCGCAUUUGAAUGACCUCUGGUACGAUGAUGGGAGCGUUGUCUUGAAAGCUGGAGAUGAUUUCUUCCGUGUGCAUGGAUCUAUUCUAAGCCAAAAAUCUUCUGUUUUUGCAACCAUACUUCUUCAAAGUCAGACAGAAAACACAGAAACACAUGAAGGGUGCCCUGUGGUUGCACUGGGCGAUGAUGCUGAAGAGCUCCGGCAGCUUCUCCUUACCAUAUAUGAGAUAUCGUACUUCGAGGACAACGCGCAAUAUUUCGUGUAUUUAUGCGCCGUUCUUCGUCUCAGCACGAAAUAUGAGAUGAAACGAUUGCGUGAUUUAGCACUUCAGCGACUGAAACGUGGCGUUCCAACGACACUUGCAUCUUUCGAUGAUCCUGGAUAUCAGGACGACCGCGCAACCGCGCAAAAACAUGUCCUUGCGGUUAUCAACCUUGCCCGGGAGACCAACUGCUUGGAACUGCUUCCUUGCGCCUAUUACUACUGCUCCCGGUUACCGACAAGUACAAUUUUCGAGGGUAGUGGUGGAGUUAUCCUGGCUUUACCAGAUAUAACCGCUUGCAUCCUCGGCAAAGAACAGCUUCUGAAUAUGCAACGCCAAACGACUCACCCGUUUUUAUACACACUUCCAAAAUCUAAAUUUGGGUCCCGUUGCAAGGAUCAUUGUGGAGGUAAUGAUCGGCUCUUGGAAUAUUUGCAGCGCCAGGAUUUCAGGAGGCCGUGCACGUUGGAGCAAUUCAUUGAUUGGGAGAAAAUAGGGGCGUGCAAAAGCUGUGCCUCCCCACACCAGAGCGCACACACGAAAGGUCGACAAGAAGCAUGGGCACAACUUCCUGGAAUUUUUGGAUUGGAAAGCUGGGAGAAGAUCGUCGCAUAAUUUGAUUCGCGGUUGUUGCAUGUUUCGCGAUGAUACAAAAAACAACUAAUAGCUUGUAAGGUUUUGUUAAUUAGUACUGUAUCAAGUGUAUUGUAUUGUUUCAAAAUUUCAUGUCCAGCGCAGAGUCAAAUAUAACAUUCAUUCAUUCACACU